AGAAGAUUAUGCGGGCGGGGCAUAACACUAACGUGGACAGAAGGAUCAACACUGAGCCAAUUAUGCCAACGAACCUGAGCGAGGAAUGCGAAAGAGGACGAAUGAUCAGGCAUGGGGAACAAGAAUGAUCAUGAGUGAAAUGAAAGAGAGUCGAGUCGCAGAACAACAAUGCAGUCCUUCAUCUGCGAGGUGGAAAGCCACUCGGGGUCCGACCGGGCGUCCGCUAAAACGCUGCGACCUCCCAGUCCGAGCAAGAAGCAAGGCGACGGGGGUAGUGAGGCGUCCGACACAAAUGCGUUCAACGCAACCUCGGAGAAGGCUGCUACCGCGUCCGCGGCCUCUUCGGACCGGGGAACCAGCACGGGGGGCGGAACAACUGCUGCCGGAUCUCCAAACAAGACGCAACUACGCGCCGCUACGUCGCCGGCCCUCGGCAGAAACGGAAAUGAUAAAUCGGUUUUCCCGAAGGCAGCGAAGCGAUCCGCCAGUGGCACAUCCAGCAUCGGAAGCGGCCACAGCGCCGGCAGGCCGGGCUCCGCUGCGUCGUCCCAAGCUGGCGGCGGGCCCCCGAAGGGUCGCCCGGCCUCGGCGGUCUCUUCCUCCUCCCGUGCCUCGGCUUCGGCCGGCGGCGGGGGUGGACCGCAGCAGGAGCAGGGGACGGUUGGCGGGGUUCCGGUCCUCGGCGCCGCUUAUCCGGUGUUUGAGCAAAAAAUCUCCGAGGACCCCGAAAAUCCCGGGCAAAUUUUGUUCACGCGGGUGGAGAACUGGGACUAUAUGCGCAAGGCUGUCGCGGCGUCCCACACUGAUUACGUCAGCAGCCAGUCAUGGGCCCAGACAGACGUGUUUGGGUGGACGAUCCUCCACUUCGCGGCCGACGGAAACAGCGAGGCGGUGUUUCACUUGCUGAAAGACACGAGCGCGGACCUCAAGUUUUACCCAGCGAACGCUACCCAAAUACCAAAGGACAAGUGGACGACGCCGGAAAAAUCUCCGAACUCCCUCUGGGAAGCGCUUCUCGAGCGACCAGAGCGGGAUUUGCAAAAGCCGCUGCACGUCGCGGCCCGUGCGAACGCCAAGGAGGUGGCGCAGCUGCUGCUCUCUGCGCGAGCCAAUCCUGGCGGCCGGGACUUCAACCUCUUCACCCCCUUGAUCGCGGCGAGUAUUCACGGAAACGACGUCACGGUGGAGGCGCUAGCGCGGGUUUGUUCCAAGGCACUCGUGGACGCGGCAGACAAGGACGGGCGGACGGCGAUUCACUGGGGCACGAUUCACGGGCACGUGGAGACGUGCAAACUGUUGAUUUGCAACGCGGCGAGUCUGAACAAAGAGGACAACUUUGGACGCACGCCCGUGCAGGCCGCGCAAGACCACCGCGAGCAGCUGAUCGUGGUUCGCGAGGUGCAUGCGCUGAACUUGGAAAUGCUGGAGGCGGCGAAGAAUCGGGAGACGGCGAUUGUGCGCGAGUGUCUGGCCAAGGGCGCGCAACUGGAUGCGGUGGAUGACGACGGCUGGAGCGCACUCGUGUGGGCCGCGCUGAACCGGAAGAUCGAUCUGCUGCAAUUGCUGAUUGCGAAGGGUGCGUCCGUCUACAUGCGGGACCACGUGGGGAAGACGGCGGCGGACUACGCAGCCCAGAUGGGGGACAACGCGAAGGUAUUGGAGCAGUUGUUUGAGUGCAACAAGGGCCUGUACCACGCCGCGGAAACCCGACAUCCCGUGGUGCCCUUUUUGGAACUGAAAGCCUACCCGGAGUACGUGGCCGAGCACAACUUCAGCAAGUGGACGCCACUGAUGUGGGCCGCGUUCAACGCGGACAAGAGCGCGGCGGCGGUUCUGAUCGACGCGAAAGCCGACCCCACGCGGCAAGACUUGCACGGCGAAGACCCGCGGUUCCACUGCUGUCGCGGCGGGCAAAACGGCUUUCUGGCCGCUGUGAACGGAAAUGCCAACCCGGCGCUCGAGCAGGAGGCGCGGGAGAUUUUCGAGCAACUGUUGAAGGUGAACCCCAAGGGGGUGAGCUCUCUGGACGAGCCGAAUCUGGACGGGGAGACGGUGCUGCACAUCGCGGUGGAGAACAACAAGCCCCUGCUCGUCGACUGCAUCCUGUCGCAGGACAUCCGGCUGAUGCAGACGGUUUAUCCCAGGUCCACGAUUCUUCCCUUCACGAGGGCGUGCAUGAAGGGCUACGGGGAAGUGGUGAAGGUGUUUCUGCGGUUUUUCUGCGAAACCACUGAGGUCCCGCUGCACGACCCGAGCUCAGACGAGUACAGCUCCGUCCCCCCGAGCGAGCCGGUCACCGCCUCGCUAGCGAGCUCCAACCCCUACGCCGCGCCGAUCCGCGAGCGGAUGCCGCCGGAAAUUGCGGCGCAGCACGCGGCGUUUCGCGCGGCGGACUACUACCGAAGCACCGCGGGGUCGCAGUCGUACGGUGCGCCGUCUGGGUUGGAAGACGGAGAAAGUUCGCUCCUUCUUUCGGAUCAGGAGUUAGUUGCGGCAGGACAAUUUCAAGUGGAGCAUGGUUCAGUUGGCGUCAAUAGCACUACCGCGGCCAGAGGACCAGCGAAAAGCAACGCUCAAAAAGGUCCUGCUUCCCCGCGCGGCGUCACGUUUGCGGACCCGGCGAAGCGACUGAAGAACAACUCGUGGCUGACUGCGGACACCUUUGAACCCGGCGAUAUUUUGCUGAAGAACGUGCAGCACGGGGGCUUUUGGAAGAUGAAGGAAGGGGGAAGCGUGAUGCCCACGGUCCCGGGUCACUUUGUGGAGAUUUCGGUCGGUCGGAACCUGCACGAUGAGGUCGGUCGACGGCUUGGCGAGACCGAGGGCGGGGCGGGGAAGAGAAGUAUAAGUGUACUCGCUUACAGAGCUUGUUUGCAACUAAUUCGUUUCAUGGACCGCUAUGCCAUCCCACCUUCUCUGCCGUACGCGUGUGUCUUUAUCAGGAACAGGUCUCAACGUCUUCUGAAUAUUCUUUCAUCGAACCAUUUUCACUUUGACAGUUCUUCAGCUGCACCGUCCCGACUGCGAGACGGAGAUUCUUUCUUCCGGCGCCAUGGUCAUCAGUCGGAGUCAGUGGUCGGCGCUGAAGGUGAGCUACCGCAACGCUGUGCUCGAGUACGCAAACGGGAGGCUAGCUUUCAGCACUGCCGGGGAACUCCUGCAGAUGAUGAACUCCUAUCCUCGGGUGCAAAACGAGCAGCAGUUCGCGCAGGCGCGGCGGGAAAUCGAGCCGGGGUGUAUUCUGUACUUCGAAAACGCACCCGCUAGUGGGGCCGAGGUGGAGCAGCAAACCAGCGCGAUGAAACAGCCGGCGAACAAGCCGCCCGUACCACUGCGCAGCGACGAAGAAGAGGACGGCGUGGCAGUCGGGGCAGGCGAGACCUACCUCUUCUGCGAGGAUUUCGUGCGACUAGCGGAAACGGACCGGAUUCUCGUGUUCGAAGCCGCGAGCUCUGCUACAGAAACCACGGUCACCGCACUGGAACAGCAAAUGGAGGACCGACCGUUUUCCUACGGCAGUCUGGACCUCGCCGCGCACAGCUGGAACUUGCGGAACGCGGUGCUCGAAAGCCAAAAACUAGACGACUAUCUGACGCCCUUUGUGGCGGAUGUCCGCUGUCUGGCGUUGACCGAAGACGCUCUCCCGAAUCCCCCACCGGAAGCUUUGCUGCCCCCGCCGGAGGUAGCGAGGGAAGAAGGGAAUAAUGGUUCUCCUGCGAGGGACCAGAAGGAAGGUAUUUUACUACUUAGAAGAUGAUCUGUCUGUAUCAGAUUUCGUCCUGCUAGUGUGAAAAUUCGAUUGUACCCUCGUAGCUUGUUGAAAAACGUAUACGACAUUAUCUGCAACAGUCCCGUCCGCAGCACAGCCCAGCGCGGAGCCAGCUGCACCCACUGGCACCCACGACGACGCCGCAGCGGCAUCCUCGCCUGACGACAUCAACGCGUCCCCGGAAGAUCAUUCUGGGACAGACGGGGACAAGAAGAAGAAACCCGUGGACCUCCGGUUGACCGAACGCGCGAGCUUGGCGUCCCGCUGGGUUGAGAAAUACCCGACGCCGAAAUCAAAGCGGACCAAGCGGAUCCCGGUAUUCAACUCGUUGGAGGGACACCACGAACCCGGGGAGUUGUCUCCGCUCCAUCUCGUGAUCCAAGCGGGGUGCGUCGCCGGGCUGAUCGCAAUUCUGAAUCACAAGUUCGAGUUCGCGUACCGAAGACUGUUGGUGUACCUAGCGCCGAACUUGCUCGUUCUUGCCGCGCAGGCGGGGAGUUGGGAUUGCACCAAGUUCCUGCUGGAAUCCGAUGUCAAGCCCGCGUGGCAGUUCGAGCGGUGUUGGCAGGCCGUGUUGAAACGGGCGCAGCGGGAAGCGACGGUGCGGAAGUUUCCCUCGGUGGCAAAGCUGCUGCAGCCCUUCGCAUAUCUUCCGGAAAGAAAUUUGGAAUACCGCUGCUACCUGUACGGGUUUCCCCGCGGCCUGGAUGAGGACCAGUUUCGGGACUGGCUCGACGACCAUUUGAUGGACAUCAAGGGCAGCAGCUACGCGCAGAACCACGAGUACCACUGCGGUCCGAUGGCGGAGCACCUUUAUAACGUGGAGGAAAAGGCGGCGUUCUGGCUCACGACGAGGGACUGGGAGACCUUCUGCAGUGUGCUGGACGUGUCCGGGGAAAAUUACACCUACCGCAAGCCCUUGACGGAUUUCGCCCGGGAACGGAUGUCUCGCAUGGUCAUGCACAUGGAAAAGGAGGAUGCCGCGGGGGAAAGGCGGUCGAAAAACACAAUCUGCGUCAUGGCCUGCUACCACAGCGAGUUCGUCGCGCAGUACCUGUCAGCCGUGUACCGGGUGCGGAAGCAGGGCGACUCGCCGAAGAAGAGCCGGGGCAUGUCCCCGACCGGGAAGCAGCGGCGGUUGCGAGCGCUGGGGCCUUUUCUCGGGGGCGAGCAAGUGCGCAGCGAGGACUAUUAG